GCGCGGGGCUCCCUUCUGUAGCUUAUGUGAACCCCGUAGCGCGUUGUUGAGUAAAUCCAACAUGGCUGUCAAUGUUUUGUUCGUAAUGUGAGUACGUCAGUGAGUGAAGUAGUCGGUAAAACUAAACAAAGAAGAAUGUUGAGUGUUAUGAUGUUGUGAUUUUGUUUAUAUAACUUCUUUUUUAGCGUACUGGGUAUUUUUUUUUGUUAUUUAUUGGAAAGUAACGUUUAUAGUGUGUGUAAAUUAAAAUUUGCCUCUGGUGAAGUUUCUAUUGGAUCGACGAGUCUGUCGUGCUUAUUGAUAUAAGAGGAACUACGUUAAAGAGUGAAGUUUGACAUAAAUUGUAGUAUUUGUGUUGGACGAACGUUGCAACAUUCAGAAAUCGUCAUUCUCCGACGUUGUGGAUGCGCUUUGAGGAGGCUAUAAAUUGUGUUGAAUGUAAGAUACCGUGACAGUCAAGGCUGUGCAACGCUUUAGAAAUUAUAACAGGCCAACGCCACAAGCAGGAUGAACUGCAACAACGCGUAGAGCUGAGUCACAACCAUGCUUGUUGUGUUUUGCCAGCCUACAACCACCAGCACAUCGCUUGUUAAUUGAAAUGAGAUUGUGGAGCGCAGUGAAAUAGGAGACGUCUUCGGUGCGAAUGAUGACGGACACACGCAGGAGAGUGAAGCUGUACGCGCUGAACGCAGACCGUCAGUGGGAUGACAGAGGGACGGGCCAUGUCUCGUCUGCGUACGUGGACCGUCUCAAGGGGAUAUCGCUGCUGGUCAGAGCCGAGUCUGAUGGCUCCUUGUUGCUGGAGUCCAAGAUCCAACCAGACACGGCGUACCAGAAGCAACAGGAUACUCUGAUAGUUUGGUCGGAGGGCGACAACUUUGACUUAGCACUGAGUUUCCAGGAGAAGGCAGGCUGCGAUGAGAUUUGGGAAAAGAUUUGCCAGGUCCAGGGCAAGGACCCAUCUGUGGACAUCACUCAGGACAUCGUGGAAGAGAGUGAAGAUGAACGCUUCGACGACAUGUCCGACUCGGCUCCACCCAUCGAGCUGCCUGCAUGCGAGCUCAGCAGACUUGAAGAGAUCAACGAGCUCAUAGCUACCUGCCUGACGUCGCCUAUGAGGAAGGAGAAGCUGGCGGUUGCUGUGGAGAAUGAGGGCUACAUCAGGAAGCUGCUCAACUUGUUCCACAUGUGUGAGGACUUGGAGAACACAGAGGGUCUUCACCACCUCUAUGAAAUCUUCAAGAAUAUCUUCCUGCUAAACAAAAAUGCCCUGUUCGAGGUCAUGUUCUGUGAGGAGACAAUUUUUGACGUUGUAGGUUGUCUAGAGUACGACCCAUCGUCCCCGACACCCAAGCGACACAGACAGUACCUGAAGCAGUUGGCUAGGUACAAAGAAGUCAUUCCUAUUACAAACCCGGAGCUGCUUGCGAAGAUUCACCAGACAUACCGUGUGCAGUAUAUCCAAGAUGUUGUUUUACCUACCCCAUCAGUAUUUGAAGACAAUAUGCUUUCAACAUUGUCAAGUUUCAUUUUCUUCAAUAAAGUGGAAAUAGUAACGCUGAUACAAGAGGAUGACAAGUUCCUGAACGAACUAUUCUCCCAGCUCACAGAUGAGUCCACAGAUGAUAUGAAGCGGCGGGACCUUGUGCUGUUCUUGAAAGAGUUCUGCAACUUCUCCCAAAACCUACAACCUCAAGCUAAGGAGACGUUCUACAAGACUUUGUCUUCGCUGGGCAUCCUACCGGCUUUGGAAAUCACCCUGGCGGCAGAUGACGCCCAGACCAAAACGGCCUCCAUAGACAUCCUCACCUACAUCGUGGAGUUCUCUCCGUCCGUGGUGCGUGACUAUACGCUGCAGCAGAUCAACAACACAGAUGAGGACCAGAUGCUCAUCAACGUGGUGAUCGAGCAGAUGAUCUGCGACACAGACUCAGAGCUGGGAGGUGCCGUGCAGCUUAUGGGCAUCCUCAGGAUACUGCUGGAUCCCGAGAACAUGCUAGCAUCUGUCAAUAAGUCGGAGAAGACAGACUUCCUUAACUACUUCUACAAGCACAGCGUUCACAUACUCAUAGCUCCGCUGCUGGCCAACACAGCGGAGGAGCGGCCGGCCAGGGAGGACUACCAAACGGUGCAGCUGUUGGGACUGGUUUUGGAGCUGUUGUCCUUCUGUGUGGAGCACCAUACGUACCACAUCAAAAACUGCGUGCUCAACAAGGACCUGCUGCGGCGAGUGCUUGUGCUCACGCGCUCCAAGCACACCUUCCUCGUUCUCUGUGCCCUCAGGUUUAUGAGAAAGAUCAUCGCACUGAAGGAUGAGUUCUACAACCGCUACAUUAUCAAAGGCAACUUGUUUGCCCCAGUAGUAGACUCCUUCGUCAGGAACAAUGGCCGCUACAACUUGCUGGACUCUGCGAUCCUCGAGAUGUUUGAGUUCAUCAAGCUGGAGGACAUAAAGUCGUUAUGCUCGCACGUUGUGGAAAACUUUGGAAAAGUGUUUGAUGACAUUGACUACGUGCAGACCUUCAAGGCGCUGAAGAUCCGCUACGAUCAACACCAAGACAAGCUGAAGGACAGAGACAGAACGACGCGUGACAGUGUGCCAUCGAUCCUGCGAAACAGCCGGUACCGGCGCGAACAGCGACAACUAGAGGAGGAAGAGGAGAUGUGGUUCAACGAUGAUGAUGACUUCGAUGACACAGAGACGGUCGUGCCUGCCACCAAUGAUAUUCUGGCCAAGAAGCUAGACUCUGAUCUCGACUCUAUAGGUAAGAUAAUCGACAAGAAGACAGAUGUCAGUGGUGCGAAGCUGCUGAGUGGUGGCAAGCCGGGCAACCUGCUAAACAACAACCCCACAGGCGGCCCGACCAGCCCCACCCCUGGAGACAAGUCUGCCACCCUCUUCAAGAAGGCGCUGGUUGACUACGAGGGGGAUUCGGACGAGGAGGAGGAAGAGGAAAGUGACGGCCUCACUCCAUCACCGAAGCGCGCCCGACUCACAUAGUGAUUAGGCGCUGAUCUGGAGCUUGGUUAUCCCGUGUGCAGUUCUGUGUACUGAUCUGAAGUCUCAUGCAAACCAUUAUUUUUCAAUGCGUUUUGUAAAGAUUUGUCAGAAUGGUUUGAUAAAUGAGCAACGCUUGAGAUAUUUCUGAAAUUUGGUAAAUUGACUCGGUGAGUGUAUUGGUUAUAGGUUUCGAUUCCGCGUUUCUACAGGAACUAUUCGUGUUGUGCAAUGAAAAUGAAGAUAUUUAUAGUUGGAAAGUUUACUUUAGCUAGUGUUUGAACAUGGUUGACUUGUAAUAAGUACAAUUGUGUCUGACAAAGAAGAUCAAAAACUUGUUCAAAAUAUAUUAUAUUUCUAUUUUGUGCUGACUUUUACACACAAGAACAUAAUUACCUCUCCAUAUAAUUUUAUAUGGCUGCCAUAGUCAGUGUGGGCAAGUGAUGCUCUCGAUGGACUCGAUGCAAAAUGACUCGGCCUUGCCCACAUAUCAUUGAAUUUUAAACAGUUGGUAUGUGCGUGUUGUCAACCUAAACAAUCUCUGUGAUUGGAAAGUGAAUAGAAAAUAUUGUGGGUUCUAGGAGCCAAGCAUGUGAGGGCCUUCUGGGAAACCAAUGAUGGCACAGCUGCAGUCGCAGUGAACACUUGACAGCAACACACAGAGUGUGGCUUUCACUGCUGUCAUUUAGUGUCUGGAGAAGGUGACAUCGGCCUUAUGAUGUGCACACAUUUCUUGCUUUGAGACGGCUAGUUACAAACAUUACCAGUCUGCAUCAGUUUUUUUUUUUGUGCUUGCGAGAUAAAGUGACUCUCUCGCUUCAUGACACAGUGGUACCACAGAUCUUGCAAGAAAAUGUUUUAGAAACAAAACAGUGCUGUUUGCAUGUAUUUUAAAAAUGUGUAUAUGAAAGUUGUAAUUUAUGUUGCUUCGUCAUUUGAAAUAUGUGUGCUGAUUGUUUCAAGGUGUUGUGUAGACAGUCGAGAGUUCUGCGAUUGGUUACGAGUGUCCUGGGGGCAGCGAUAAUCAUUCGCAUCAUUUAGGUCAUAAUGUAGUUCCUGCUACGCACCUGCCAUCAGUAAACCAUUUUAUUUUGGUUAUUUUAUUUUCUGGUUAUGUAUGUUUCAUGUGUUCCUAACAUAAAUUAUACUGUUGUUUGAUUCAUUUGGUGCUACACUAAAAUUUCUUUAUUAUUUUUUAAUCUAAUAAAAUGGAAGUAAAUUAUUUCAAUAUGAAAUGAAGUUUUUAUCAAGAGCAGUUUGAAAUAAACUACAACCGCAAUAAACACAUUUGGUCUGACUUAAUAAAAGUACUGAAGCCAUGAGCCGUCGUGGUGAGUGCGAGUGUGUGUGUAUGGGAACCGGGCAUGCGCGCGGUCUCCCGUACUGUCCCGCGCGGGAAGGGGGGUGACCUCGGGGCUCGAGCCGUGUCUGUGCUGCUCGAAUCGAGUAGCGCUCACACUGCUGGUCAUUCUCCGUCCAUGCGUGCAGAGCAUAGUCUUCAUGUUUUGUAGAGUUGUGAAAAGGGGAAUUUUUAAUUGUAAAUUGUAACCAAGUUAUAAUCAGUAAUAAACAAUAUGAUAUUUGUC